CUAGGAUUUUAUUGAUACGUAUCUGAAAUCGAACUCUUAUAAAAUAUGAUAAUUAUUUGCGUCUAGUAUCUGACUUUUGUCCUUCUCAAUUGGACAAUGGAUCGUCAAAUCAAGAACACCACACAACAACAACAACAACAAUGAAGAACAGCAAUUCAUCAAGCUCCAUCAAGAACCAGUCAAAUAAUAAGAAACCAAUCACUCUCUUACUUCUCCUCUCUCUCUUCACCACCUCUCUGCUCCUCCUCCGUCUCUCCCAAAACAAAAUCAUCCUCAUCACCACCACCACCACCAUCUCCGAUCAUCACCGCCGUCACAAAUCCUCCAUACUCAGAGAAGAACCAUGUCUCGGUCGGUACAUAUACAUCCAUAACAUACCUUCUAGAUUCAACACCGACAUCUUGCAAGAUUGCGAGUCUAUUUCAAGACCAAAAGAUAAAGUCAGCAUGUGUAAGUACCUCGACAACUACGGAUUCGGACCACUGAUCAAUAACAGUGUUUCCUUAGAUUCUCGGUACUCUCCGAGCUGGUACGCGACUAAUCAGUUCAUGCUUGAAGUUAUUUUCCACGAGAAGAUGAAGAGAUACGAGUGCUUGACGAGAAACUCUUCGUUAGCUUCGGCUUUUUACAUACCUUACUACGCUGGUCUUGAUUUCCGGCGUAAUCUGCGGCGGCGUAACGCCGCUGAAAGAGACGCCGCCGGGAAGGAAAUGUUUGAAUGGCUCAAAAAGCAACCCCAGUGGAAAGGUCUGUCGGGUAAAGACCAUUUUCUUGUAACUGGUCGGAUAUCACGAGAUUUUCGGCGAAACUCCAACACUAACUUAGGAUGGGGAACCAAUUUAAUGCUUUUACCAGAGUCACAAAACCUCUCUUUCCUUACCAUUGAACGAAGUCUGACGAGCCAUAACGAAUUCGCUAUUCCUUAUCCAACCUACUUUCACCCAACUUCAUCCAUCGAGAUUCGCCAGUGGCAAGACAAGAUCAAUCUCACAAACCGAACAAUACUCUUCUCAUUUGCCGGAGCCCAAAGACCGAGCAGAAACCAGAAUGGUUUGCUUCGUACUCAAGUUAUCCAACAAUGUAAGAGUUCUUCCAAGACUUGUAAGUUUCUUGACUGUGACGUUAAAGCCAACGGUUGCGAUGAUCCAAUGGGUCUGAUGAAGCUUUUCGAGAGCUCUAUUUUCUGCUUACAGCCACCUGGUGAUUCGUUCACUAGAAGAUCAAUAUUUGAUUCUAUUUUAGCUGGUUGUAUACCGGUUUUCUUUAACCAAGGAAGUGCGUAUAAGCAAUAUGAAUGGCACUUACCGAACAACGAUGGUGAAUAUUCGGUUUAUAUACCGGUUAAAGAGCUGAGAACCGGGGGAAAGAGUAAAAUUGAAGAGAUUUUGCGUGGAAUACCGAAUGAGAAAGUGAUUGGUAUGAGAGAAAACGUUAUAAGAUUGAUUCCGAAGAUUGUGUACACUAAACCAAACCGACAUAAAUCAGAUGCAGAGACUCUUGAAGAUGCUUUUGAUGUUUCUGUGAAGGGAGUGAUCAGGAGAAUAGAAGAAAAAAGGAGAGAAAUUCAAGACUGAGGAACGUGUUUAUUAUAUAUAGUUAGACCCAAAAAAGUGAAUAUGUCGUACAUUUUUCUGUGUUUAAAUAUUCAAUUCUCUUGUACAUUUUCUCCCAUUCUUUCUCCUAAACAUGUUCUACACACUUCUUCUUCUACACAAUUCUUUUUUGUACAUUUUCUUCUUAUUGGGCUUAUUAGUUCAAGGUUUGAUUAUAAAUGUUUAAUCAUGGGCUAAUGAGA